AACUCACAAACACUUCGUAGAUUCCUCCCUCCUCGGAUCCAAUUCGUCCUAUUUCCUCAAAUAAGGGUUAGGGUUUCUCCGAUUCUGUCGUAUUUCGGUGAAAUCGAGGGUUUUGGUGAAUCCUUGAGAGGAAUCGAUGGUUCAAUUGCCGAAUCUCGGAAAGCUUCUGAAGCGCAAGGAGCCGGCGGCGGCGAAAUCAGCGGCGGCGGAGAUUCCGACGGUGAAGUCGGAGGUUGAGGAUCCUUUGGAAGAAGAGCAUGGUCCUCUUAGCAAGAAGAUAAAAGCUCAGUGGGAUCCAGAUGCUGGAAGAGUACCUCCACAAUCUGCACAAUGCAGUUUGCUUGAUGAACCUAGCCCACUUGGUCUUCGCUUGAGAAAGAGUCCAUCUUUAUUGGAUUUGAUCCAGAUGAAACUUUCUCAAGGAAGUUCCGCUACUGCUUCGUAUGCCACAAGCAGUGGGGGUUUUGAUGGCGAGAAAAAGAAGGAUCUGAAGUCUACCGCCGUGUUAGGUACCACUGACAAGUUAAAGGCUUCAAACUUUCCUGCUUCUUUUUUGAGGAUUGGUUCUUGGGAGUACGUAUCGACAUAUGAAGGUGAUUUAGUCGCAAAGUGCUAUUAUGCAAAACAUAAGCUCGUUUGGGAGGUUCUUGAUGGUGGGCUUAAGAGCAAAAUUGAGAUUCAGUGGUCAGAUAUUAUUGCUCUGAAGGCAAAUUGCUCUGAGAAUGCUCCUGGGACCUUGGAUAUUGUGUUGGCAAGGCAGCCUCUUUUCUUCAGAGAAACUAAUCCACAGCCUCGGAAGCAUACCUUGUGGCAGGCUACUUCAGAUUUCACUAAUGGUCAAGCAAGCAUUCAUAGGAGACAUUUUCUUCAGUGUCCACCGGGCCUGUUAAGCAAGCAUUUUGAGAAGCUCAUUCAGUGUGAUCCACGCCUAAACUCACUAAGUCAGCAGCCGGAGAUCAUCUUAGAAUCUCCUUAUUUUGAAUCAAGAGGUUCUGCUUUUGAGGAUCAUGUUGAAUCUAAGUGUCACGGUUUUGAUGAUCUGAAGGAUGGAUUUGAUUCCAAAAUUUGUAGAUUCCAGGAUUCUAUGUUAUCACAUGAUGGCCUAUCACCUUCCACUAAUAAUGAGAUCUGUCUUCCUAUUGGUAGAACACCAGACGAUUUGCCACAGGAAAAAACCCCUUCUCCUAGAUCAGCAGGGCUUUCUCAAAUUACGGAAGAGAAUCCGACAACUAGUGGAACCAAAGAGUCGAGCAAUACCAAGCGCUGGGAUCAGAUAAAAGUGCCUGGACUUCGCUCAUCCAUGUCCGUGAUUGACCUUGUAAACCACAUUGGAAACUGCAUCUCUGGGCAAACAACCGCAGGCAACCCACUUUUACCAACAGAUUCUUCACUCGACAAAUCAAUGUUGGAAGAGCUGACACAAUACCUUCUCAGCGAUUCACAAAUCGCUUCUGCUUCUGCUUCUGAUGAACAAUUUCUCAUGUCAAGGGUCAACUCCCUUUGCUGCCUGAUCCAACCUCAAGAUGGUAAUGAUGAUAAUGAUACAGGGGCUCCAGAGAGAAAGGCACUGUUUCAUGUUUCUGAUGGAGCAGAGGAGGCUAGUAUUAAUAAUGAUCACUUUAGCGGUAAACAACCGAGUAUGUCAAGAAAGGAGUCGUAUGGGGAGCUCUUGAUGCAUUUGCCUAGGAUUGCUUCGUUGCCGCAGUUCUUGUUCAAUAUUGCAGAGGAUUCUGAAAAGUCAGACUGGAUGAACCCGUAAUCACUCCGUAGAUAGUUCUCACUGUAAAUAGAAUCUGUAAGCGGAAAAAAUUUUGCUAAUAUGUUGAAAACGCUUUCUUCCUUGUGAAACGGAUCCUCUCCUUUCUCUCGAAUGUGUAAAUGUUGAGUGUAUUAUUCUUUGUUGACAUCCUGUAUCAACUUUAAAUAAAAAAACCUUUUUUUUA